GCUAACCCCCCCGCUCUUCAAAUAUUCUGCUCUCAACAGGAAUUCAGACGAGGACGGACGGAUCGCACGGCGGGCAACGAUCAGACUCUGCGCUUCUGCAUGCCGGCGAACACACAGGUACCCAGGGGACCAAGCCUGGAACCGGCACGUAGCUGGCAUCUCUGAGAUGCUCCUCAUUCCAUCUCUAUGGAUAUAGCAAAGGAAAUCUACCACGUCAGCUAUAACCGUCAGGACGAGGUCUCAUCCUGCUGUGACUUGGAUGGAAAGAAGAACAUCUUGGUCUCCAUGAGUCGUCUUCCUCAGGACUGCCUGAGCCUAAUAGAGAUUGCCCUGGUGCUAAAUACCAUGGGGUGCAUCCACAGUCUAAGCUGCAAGCCCAAGGUCUUUCGAGAGUCCAUUUCUGUCCUGGACAUCAAAGCCACCAUUGAUUCCACGCCCACCAGGAUUGACGAGUCAUCUAGUGUCGUGUUGAGAUACAGGACGCCCCAUUUCCGAGCCACUGCUGAAGUCUUAGUGCCUCCGAUCUCUGGCAAGGAGACGUGGAGGGUGGGCUGGAUUCAGGCCUGCAACCAUAUGGAGUUCUACAACUACUAUGGAGACUUGGGCAUGUCCAGCUGGGAACUUCCAGAUUUGGAGAAUGGUAAAAUCCCAGCCAUUAGUGACUCAGAUGGAGUUAACUACCCUUGGUAUGGCAACACUACUGAGACCUGCACUGUUACUGGCCCCACCAAAAGGGACACCAAGUUUACUGUCAGUAUGAAUGAUAAUUUCUACCCCAGUGUGACGUGGGCAGUGCCUGUUAGCGAUUCCAAUGUGCCUAUGUUGACAGGCAUCCGGAGGGACCAAAGUUUCACCACUUGGUUGGUGGCUAUCAACAUGGCCAGUGGUGAACUUGUUAUCCUACAUACCAUCAAGUGGAGGAUGAAACUGGAGAUCGAGGUCAAAUCCACCUUACCACUAGGACAGCGCGCCAAACUGCAGGAACCCUUUGGCCAGGAGCAGCCACAAGUGCUCACCAAAAAUGAACCCAUUCCUCCUAGUGCCCUUGUAAAACCGAAUGCCAAUGAUGCACAGGUACUUUUGUGGAGGCCAAAAAACAAACCGGCAGUAGUUGUGAUACCCCCAAAACGUCGGUGAGCCUCAGAAAGUAGAUAAUGGCUGCUAAUGAACAUGUAAUAAUACCAAAAAAGGUCAAAUAACUAUUUUUGCUUUCUUGAAUCCUUGGGUAUCACUGUGUUAUUUUUUACACAAGAACAUUGUUACAUGACUGAGUUACGAGGAGGUAUAAUCAGGAAUGCACAACUUACGCAGGUACCUUCUUAAACCUUCAAC